GGAGGGAGUAUGAGCUUAAGUGGUGAAACUGGUACCAUUCAAAUCUAAAGAAUUACACCAAUCUUACGACUCGUUAAAAAGCUUUUAAAUACGGGUCUACCUAAGCUUAAGUGCUUAACAACAAUUCUUUCUUCUGAAAAUUUAACAAUGCUGAUAAGCAGCUUGACCCUGGCCCACUACUAAGCUUGAAUUGGACCGUUGUAAAACCAUGGCAGAGGCAACAAAGCUGUGAUUUCUGUGAGGAGGAAGGGGAGGCCUCCACGCGUCCCAUUCAGUUUCACAACAGUCCACACAGCAAAUCGCCGCUACCCCGCCCCCACCCUCGCCACCCACCACAUCCCGCAUCCCGACAGAAUCUUCUGUCCCCAUAUUCACUCCAUUUUUUCCUCUGUGGGCAUGUAGCCUUUCUUUCCUUCUUUAUCCACUUAUUUAACAUCAAAAAAGGUGAAGCUUUACCUUCUUCAUCAUUACUCCAUCUGUUCUUUUAAUGCGAGGUAAUCUAAAAGCAACUCCUUUCUGUAGCUUUGUUCUCAUCUUCAAGUCCCCAUCCCAUCAUUAUUACUUCAAACUGCUCUUUGUUCUUUCUUGUUUUGGAGCUUUUCUUUGCCGCCCACUCCUCCAAAAAGCUUGGAAACUGUUUUUCUUUCCUUUCUUUAUUUUUGCCCCUGAAAUGAAAUCUUGGGUUUGGGUUUGGAAUGAUAAUAAAAUUCCGGGAAUGCUAUAUAUGCUCUCCUCCCACGAAAGCCCAAGAAACUGUCCCAGCAGAAAUGGUCUCUCGUUUUUUAAAUUUUUUUUGCCUGUUUUUACUUUGAAGACAUGAACUGAUACAUGCAUUGAAACAGGAGAUUCAAAUAUGGAAACUGAUACUCAUAUUUCAUGUGGGAUUUUGUUUUGUUUUGCUUCAUUAUACUCAUUUCUGCUUCCUUAGGAAAGAUGUGAUUUUCUGGGCAAAGAAAAGAAGAACUGAUACUUGAAAUGGAGUGGGAUUGUGAAAGCCUGGUAAUGCUGAGCUCUAAAAACAAUGGAAGCAGCAUUGACAGUUCUUCCAGUGGUGUUUAUGCUUUCCCGCGAGAAAACUCAACCCAGAAGGCAGAGAAAAUGGAACGUUCUCGAAAGGGUGAGAAGGACGAGGAGAAAUGCGUCAAAUUAUCUCAUCCUAUUGGAUCUGUGGAGCCAUUGAUAGGGUUGAGGCUUGGGAGGAGAACAUACUUCGAGAACAACAAUGUUUCAUCUUCCAUCAUCGUCCCUGUCUUUCCUAAGAGGGCAAAACCGUCCUCUGCUCUUUCUCAGCAGAUCCUGCGCUGUCAGGUUGACGGCUGCAACCUUGAUCUUUCUUCUGCUAAAAGUUAUCACCAGAAGCAUAGGGUUUGUGAUAAUCAUUCCAAAUGCCCCAAGGUCUUUGUAGGCGGAGCUGAGCUGAGGUUUUGCCAACAGUGUAGCAGGUUCCAUGGCUUAUCUGAGUUUGAUGAAAUGAAACGGAGCUGCCGCCGGAGACUUUACCAUCACAAUGCCAGGCGGCGUAAUCCACGUCAGCAGUUUAACUCCACCCGGCCAUCUUCUUCCUUUUAUGAUGAGAGGCAACAAAUGAAUACUGUGGUCAACAAAGGCCAACUUGUCCUCUCAAAAACUGCUGUGAACUCAAGCUGGGAUAGUUACAGCUCUAAGUAUACCAUCAGUGAUGAAUCAACUUUGGAGCCUGAAAAAAGUAACAGCAUAGUCUCAUAUGUGCCAAGUGCAACCACAGCUGGAGUUAGCCAUGCAUGGAGUUGGCCAUUCUCAUCUGAUGGAACCACAGCUGAGUUCUUCAAUCAAGGAAUACCUGAGCUUUGUGCUCUCUCUCUUCUGUCAGCUCCUAAAUUCAUUUCAAGUGGUAGCAAUGUGAAUCCAGACCAGAGCAGCUAUCCUGAGGCAAUGCUGCAGGAGAUCAUCCCUCAUCAGCUCAUAAUGCCUCUUGCCUCAUCAGAGUACUAUUGGCAAUGGCAGCAGCAGCCUUUAAACAAUCUCCAUGCCCAUCAUACCCUUGCUCCCAACUCUAACAACAACACUGAUCUCUUUCCAGAAACUCAGCUCUUCAAAGCUCCUUGUGACACAGACUUUUACUUCACUGCUUUCAAAUGAGAUCCUAAAAUUAUCUUCUCCCCCUUUCCUUUUUUAACUUCAUUUUUAUCUCUCUUUUUCAGUAGUAUGAAGUGACUGUAGUUACCGUAGACCGUAGUACUAAGAGGUGGCUGAGAAUUUUGAAAUUUGGGUUUUUAGUGUUUCGAAAACUGGGGAUCUCCGGGAGGUUAUGAGUGGAUACAAAAAUCCUUGCAUAUUGAACUUCCAAAUUCAGAAGUGGCAGCUUUAAGUUCUUGAAUGCUUGGUUUUUACGUAUUGUUUAGGGCAACUAGCUCACAAUUGUCAUCUCGUAAAUCGUAAUAGAUCCG